AUGGCUACCGUAUCAGUCAUGCCGAGCCGAACCACCCCUAUUCCAAGCAUCACCACAGUGGCUACCACAUUUACUCGAUAUCUCCAAUAUACUCCUCGGGAUCUGGCAGAUGGCAACCUCGUCUUCAAAAACGCAAAGGUUCCCGAGGCAAACCUCACAGCAUCUGCGCUGAAUGGAACAGCAACACCCCCACCAUAUUUUACUGGUCUACAUGGUGUUAACAUCGAAUUGGAUGCCAAACUCGUCAAAUUGAUGUGGCUGACCAUCUUUGUCGCGGUUGGAAUCACUUUCGUGUUGCGUUUGCUCGAGUUGGGUAAUGCCUAUAUUCGAAAUGCUGUCUGCAUGACCCGAACACGUCGAGAACAAACCUAUUACACUCUCGACCACUUUCCGUUAUGGUCGUGGUUGAAAAAAAACCUCAUCUACGCACCACUUGGGAAGAAGAGACAUAAUCGAGAACUUCAACUUUCCUCUGUCAUAAAUUACGGCACAAUCCCCGGGCGAAUCCAUUUCUUGCUUCUCUUUGUGUACGCUUUAAGUCAACUCGUCUACUGCGUCAUGUUGGACUGGAAAACCAGCGACAAGGGAAAGCUCAUGGCCGAGUUGCGGGGUCGAAGCGGGAUUCUAGCAACCGUCAAUAUGCUUCCACUUGUUGUGCUCGCAGGUCGAAACAACCCUUGCAUCGCCCUUUUGCGUGUCAGUUUUGACACCUACAAUUUGUUCCAUAGGUGGAUUGGAAGGAUCUGUGUUCUCCAAUCGAUGGUCCAUGUCUCCGCAUGGAUGGCUGCCUAUAUUAUGGCAAAAGGAGAGGAUGCAACAAUCGCUGUCUUCGUCAACAACACUUUCCUCCAGUUUGGGUUGAUUGCAGCCAUCGCGAUAUUUAUUCUGGCCCUACAUUCCCUCUCACCGAUCCGCCAUGCCUUUUAUGAGACAUUCCUGCAUCUGCAUCAAUUUCUCGCCCUUGCCGCAUUCUUGGGCGUUUACGUGCACUUGUGCUCCAAGAUGCUUCCAGCUUUCCCGUUCAUUCUUACGGUCGUUGUCUUCUGGCUCAUCGAAAGACUAUGGCGACUUGGACGAAUCCUCCGUCUCAACUAUCCUCGACUGGGUGGUAAAACUUCAAUGACGGUUGAAGCUCUCCCGGCGAACGCCUGUCGAGUGACCUAUCAAUUGCCACGUCAUAUCACCAUCAGGCCUGGGAGCCACGUCUAUGCCUACAUUCCAUUGAUCUCUCUUUGGCAAUCCCAUCCGUUUUCAGUUGCAUGGACCAAUAUCGAGUCUGGCCCUCCAAUCGCUGCCGACAUGGGUUCAUGUUCUGACUCGACGGAUCUCGAGGGACAAACAAGCAAUAAAUUGGUUGCAGCCACGGCACCAACCACCGUGUCGUUGAUUGUCUGUGCUCGAUCCGGAAUGACGAAAAAACUGUACGAGAAAGCCUGCGAGUCAAACAACAACAAGCUUUUCCUCAACGGCUUCAUCGAAGGUCCGUACGCCGGCCACGACUCCAUGGUAUCCUACGGUACCGUCAUCAUGUUCGCCGGCGGCGGUGGCAUCACACAUCAUCUCAUCCAGAUCCGACACUUGCUGCUCGGAGCAAAGGCUCAGACUGUAGCAACUCGCAAGAUCGUGUUAGUCUGGUCCAUCCGCGACGUCGAUGCUAUGGAGUGGGUGAAGCCCUGGAUGACCGAGAUUCUCGCCAUGGAAGGCCGCCGCGAUGUCUUAUCUAUUCGCGUCUACGCAAGCAAGCCUUCGGUUCCAAUCAACACGAGCAAGGCCAAACCCACCAUGCAAAUCAUCGAAGGCAGGUGUGAUCCCGGCGCUGUCCUCGAUGAGAUUAUCCCACAGCGUGUCGGUGCCACCAUGGUCAGUGUUUGUGGACCCGGCGCUUUGGCUGAUUCUGUCAGACAUCACACCCGUCGGUUCAUUGGCUCCGCAGCUAUUACUCUAAACGAGGAGUCGUUCACUUGGUGA